AUGUACAAAAUCCCUCAGAAACUCAAAAGUCAAUUUGGUCUUCGGCAAUGGAUAUUUGGCCGCAUCAACAGUUCCUACAUCAAUAACUUUUCGUACCCUGAGUUCAAUCCUCUGUUUCGCGCCUUCGGGAGGAACCUUGAGCUCGCCCUCGACAUGGACACACGUGCCGGUGGGCACCAGGUCAGCGAGCUUGUGAACGGAGGCGUCCACUAUGACCUGCAAGUUCUCCGGGCAGGACCCAUCGUUCAAUUCCAAAAAGGCGAAACUGCCCUUCCCCUGCUCCCGGCCAGUCUUCACCCAUCCGCCAAUGCGGACGGUCUAGCCCGCCAGCCCUGCUCCACCGUCGGGACGGUACAGGACGGAGCGGAUUGGGACCCGUUGUGA